AUGACUUGCACUAAGCUUUUUCUGGUUUUAUCUCUUAUCAUCACAUUGUCAUGGGUCAAUGUUGGGGUUUCGGCUCGACAUCUUUUGGCUGAUGACCAAGUAACCCCAUCCCCUGCGAAACCCACCAUUCCAUCUCUGAAAGUUCCUUCACUACCCAAGAUGCCUACGGUUCCAUCUCUCAAAGUUCCUUCACUUCCCAAGAUGCCUACGGUUCCAUCUCGAAAAAUUCCUUCACUACCCAAGAUGCCGACUGUCCCGGCACUGCCGAAAAUUUCAACUCCACCAGUGCCUAGUACUAAUAGCAAACUCCCUUCUCGGCAUCUUUUGGCAGAUGUUCCAGCAACUCCUUCCCGUAUAAAACCCACCAUUCCAUCUCUCAAAGUUCCUUCAGUACCCAAGAUGCCUACAGUUCCAUCUCUCAAAGUUCCCUCACUGCCCAAGAUGCCGACUGUCCCGACACAGCCGAAAUUUACACCUCCGCCAUCGCCUAGUACUAAGAGUAAAAUACCUUCUCGACAUCUUCUGGCUGAUGUUCCACCAACUCCUGCCCCUAUGAAAGCCGCCACUCCAUCUUUAAAAGUCCCUUCAUUACCCAAGAUGCCGACCCUGCCGAAAUUUGCACUUCCUCCAAUGCCUAGUUUCGCUGGUAAAGGCAAUUUUACUGGCAAAGGUAAUUUUACUGGUAAAUUACCUUCUUUACCUGGCAAAGGUAGUUUUACUGGUAAAUUACCUUCUUUCCCUGGUAAAGGCACGUCGUUUUCACUGCCUGGUAAUGCUACUCUUCCAAAGUUCCCCUCAUUCACUCCUCCUUCAACUCCCAAAACCCCCUGA